GGGUGGUCCAUCUUGUUGGAAUAUUACUUCCAUGUCAAAUGCGUCAGGAUUACUAUAUCUUGAAGGAUUGGAUAAAUUUGUGUUUGAAGCAAUGCCUGUUAAAUUUCCUUCCAAAAAGAUCUACAGUGCCAAUUAGAAAAAAAGUUUAUUCAUCACUAAAACAAAUUCGUUGCGAGGACAGGGGAUUUUGGAUUAUGCUCACACAUAACUUCACCAACUUUUCCUCUGCGAUCCGGGUCAUCUUCUCCCUGUCCACAGUUGGCAAUGGUUUGACAGCUGAGCUCAUGGUUUUUGCGUUUCUGUUGGCAACAGCACUUUAUGUAAUAGACCUGCCAUUUCGCUUAUCUGAAAAAUUAAGAAAUAAGUUUUAAAGUGUAAAUUCGCAAAUUAAAUAUCCAAGAUGACUGCCUGGAGAACCGCUGGACUCAAUGAAGCAAAUGGUGAUAAAGCAAACGGUAAUAAAGCAAAUGGUAAUGAAGCAAAAUUAAGUAUUUACCAAAACUAUUGUAAUUUACCAAUUAUUGAAGAUAGAAAUGUCGCCGAUAGACUAGUGGUCAGUGCUACAGACUACAAGCCGAGAGGUUGUGGGUUCGAGUCCCACAUUGGUAUGGUUGUUUAUUUGUGUUUGUCCUAUUGUGUAUUAGCCCUUCGGAGGGGGGGUCCGUUCCUACUCCUAACCCACACAAGCCAUUCAGUUGGCUUCUGGGACUUCUUAGGAAGUAAGGAUGGAACUAAAAGAGCACUUUUCUACAUCAACUAUUCCAACAUUGCUGCCAAGUUGGUAAGGCAAGCAUUGAAACCUGAAUUUAGAGCUGAUGCUGCUAAAAGGGGUGACUCACAUCUAAAAGUAACCAAAUGGGCAGAUGGCAAGCCAAUCAGAGCUCCACAGUCGGUUUAAGUUUAUAGUUUAUGUUGUUUAAUUAAUCUGUUGUAAUUAAUAAAAGUCAAAUAAAAUUAUGUAAAACA